AUGACUGCUACAUCAAAUGUCGAAGUUAAUAAGUCAAAGUUAGAAUCAAAGAAAGGUUUGAACAUAAGCGAAGGAGGCUCAAUUUCUUCAAUAGUGAAAACUGUUGCAACUUCUGAACCAAAAGAGAAGGGAAAGGGUGUUGAUGUGGAACCUACAUUUGAAGAGAAGAAGAAGCUUCAAGAGCUUAAGUUUGCAAGAAUGAGGCAACUGAACAACAUCAUGCUAAUAAGAGCAAGAAAUGGUGAUGUUCAAGGUAAUAAUGAAGAUCAUGAUGAAGGUAAUGUUGGUUUUGAAGGAGUGCGCAAUCUCAAAGAUGGUAAGAAAGAUAAUGAAGGCAGUGAGAGUAUUAAAGGUGGAGAGGAAGAUGAGGCAGAGAAGAAGGAUGUGGGAAUGGAGAAUAUUAAAGGAGGAGGUUUGGAGGAGAAUAAAACAAAUAAUGGAAAAGAUCAAAAAUAUGAUGAUGAUGAUGAUGAUGAUGAUGAUGAUGAUGAUGAUGAUGAUGAUGAUGAUGAAAAUGACAAGGUUAAAGCAAGAGGUUGGGAGGGGAAUAAAAUAAAUGAUGGAGAAGAUAAUAAAAAAUAUCAAAAAGUUUAUGAGAAAAUGACAAUGUUAAAGAAAGAGGUGUGGAGUAUGGAAGAGAAGAAUGUUUGUAAAGGAGAAGGAAAAAUUGGUGAAGAAGAAAAGAAUGUGAAAGGGGGAGGUUUGGAAGUAGAUGUAGGAGCAGCUAUUAAACAUUAUUUUUUGUUAAAAGUGUUGUACUGA